UUUUCUAAUUUAGUGUGAUGCCGGGAUUUGUAUAAUUCCUUCAUGUUAGAUUAGAUAAAUUUUCCUUCAAUAUAAACAUAUUUUUAGUUUUAUUCGUCACAGUUUGGUACAGAUUUUAUUGGAUUGCUUUAUAAUAUAAAGAUUUUUCUAUAAUGCCCACAUUUAUAUGGAUUUUACCCAUAUUGCUGUCACUGACCAUUGCCCAGGAAUACAGACUACCUACCACAAUCAAUCCUACAUCCUACAAUAUCAACUUAGUGUUCCCAUCGGAUAUUUUCACUAGUGCAAACGCAAGUGCUUACAAUGGAACGACAGAAAUAACUUUUGUACCUACACAAAACACUAGCAGUGUAGUGUUGCACGCUAGUGCGGAGUAUCUUAAUAUUACUUCUGUUACACUAUCAGACAGUAUUAGUUUUAGUAAUUAUUCAGUAGAUUCUGUAACUGAUAUAUUUACAGUUGAAGUAAAUGAAACACUUAUCGAAUCUCAGACGUACACUAUUACUAUUGGUUUUGAUGGAAAAAUCAGUACUACAGACACUUACGGUAUAUACAAGAGCAGCUAUACAGAUUCCUCUAAUACGACAUAUUAUUUUAUUAUUACUCAGUUUCAAGCAACGUAUGCUAGAAGGGCGUUCCCUUGUUUGGACGAGACUGGAUACAAAGCCACCUUUGACAUCACCCUUUCUUACCCCGUUGGUUUGAAUGUCUUGUCCAAUGCAGAAAUAUCUAAUAGUACCAACAUUACUGAUACUGAGGUUACAACAACUUUUAACACAACGCCAAAAAUAUCAACCUACUUGAUAGCGUUCAUUGUUUCCGAGUUUACGUGUUCUCAAGGUGAUCUCAUAGAGGGCAGCCUAGUCAAUCAGGUAUGUUCUAGAAAUGAAACUGCAGAUACUAGAUCUUGGGCUCUUGAGCUCGCACCGUUGGUUAUCGAUAGUAUUAAUAGUUACACAGGCAUUAACUACAGUAGAUCAAUGAAUAAGCUAGACCAGAUUGCUGUCACUGACUUAUCUUUCAGUGGAAUGGAAAACUGGGGUAUAGUGACAUACAGGGAAAAAGCUUUAUUAUAUGACGAAGAAGAAACUUCCAACUCAUACAAAGAAUACAUUGCCAAUCUCGUUGCUCACGAACUUGCUCAUCAGUGGUUCGGUAACUUGGUCACCUGCAAAUGGUGGUCUGAAAUCUUUUUGAACGAAGGCAUGGCUACGCUGUUAGAGUAUUUCAUUGCACAUGAAAUUCUACCUGGGUAUGAUAUGGACAAACAAUUUGUUAUUCAGACAGUUCAUUCUAUAUUUGAAGAAGAUGCUUCUACUACUGAGUCACUCAGAGCGAAUGCUUCUAGUCCAGCUCAGAUAUCAUCUAAGUUUGGAAGCAUUACAUACAAUAAAGGAGGAAGUGUGUUGAGGAUGGUGGAGAAGAUUUUAGGAACAGAAACUUGGAAAAGUGGAUUAAACACAUAUCUCAAUCAAUUUGCUUAUGGAUCUGUAGAACCAGAAGACCUGUGGGAUACACUUGCUCUUAAUAGUACCAUAAAUGCUGCACCAGCAAAUUUGACUACUCUUCUACAUAACUGGGUAUAUUAUCCAGGGUAUCCUGUACUGGAUGUCAGUUUGAAUGGAACAGAGAUUAGAAUAACACAGAAACGGUUUGUGUACGAUAGUAAUGUUACUUCAGAAGUGACCUGGUACGUACCUAUUACUUACACUACAUCAGCAGAUACUUCUACAUUCACUGACACAACACCAGCAUUGUGGCUUCCACCCAACAGUGUACUGUCUUUUCAAAUAUCCCCUAAUGACUCUUGGAUAGUUAUAAAUAAUCUUCAAACAGGCUACUAUCGUGUGAACUAUGAUUCUACUCUAUGGUCCAGACUAGCUGUCGCACUCCAAGCCUCCAAUUUUUCCGAUAUUCCAGAAAUUAACAGAGCUCAAAUCAUCAAUGAUGGAUUUAGUCUGGCUAGAGCUGGGUCGCUGUCUUAUAGCCAGUUGUUUAACGUAACUCAGUUCUUAGCAAAUGAAACAACAUAUGCUGUUUGGUAUCCCAGUUUUAAUGGUUUCGACUACCUUUUGAAGAGAGUUGGAAGAAACUCCACGUUGGGAUCAAGUAUUUUAAACCACUUAAGUACUCUUUACGCAUCUCUAAUUGCCUCAGUACCAUUAUCUGUCGUAAACGCUUCAAAUCACGUGUACACUAUGUCUCAAGUUCAGGCUCAAACCUGGGCGUGUUCCCUUGGAAAUUCAGACUGUGUCAACACUGCUGUGGAACUGUUUAAAAACUACACGGAAACUUCCAUAAGGCCAAACAAGAACCUUCGUUCGAUAGCUUACUGUUACGGAUUGAAAUACAGUGCUGACAUAAAUUCUGACUGGAACUUCCUAUGGAACGCCUAUUUAAAUACCUCUUUAUCCACUGAACAAGCCACUGUAUUAGCCGCAUUGGGCUGCACAUCAAACGAGACUAUUCUGAAUGGAUAUUUGAAUAAAACUUUGAAUGACAACAGUGGGGUCAGAUCUCAAGACUACGCAUCAGUUUUUUCGGCAGUCUAUCAAAAGAGUGAUAUUGGAGUGGAUUUCACUUUGGACUUCUACAUAAAUAAUUUCAAUUUGAUCUUGCAACGUUACACCAGUGUCAAUGCAGCCGGAAAUAUACUGAAAAAAAUUGCUGAAUUGAUCACUACUGAGAGUCAAUUUAAAAAACUGGAAAACUUUAUCGCUACUGACGCUGUCAAUAGUACUAUUCGAGAAGCUGCCGCAGUAGCCAAGAGCUCAGCUGAGAACAACCUGGCAUGGGUCAAUACUUACCGUCAAUAUUUGCUUGACUAUUACGGUAUCACUGAAACUGACUCUACAUCUAGUACUUCUUCUACAGCUAGCACUACUACAAGUACUUCUACUACAACAACUUCAACCACUGAAACACCAUCAACGACUCCAUCAACCGCUACAUUUGGAUAUGUUCCUGUUACUGUACUGAUAGUUUUAAGUAUUAUUUUCCCUGUAAUGGUUUAAAUUUGUUAUAUUGUACCAAUAAACUUAUAUUUAUAAGAAAGAAAAUGUUAUAAUAAAUUUUGAACAAUAAAACUAUUUUUUAACUAUUAAAGUUA